UUGCAAAGAUAUCAAGAAGAAGCAAAAAUGGAGGGAGAGAUACUGAGCUUAAUAAAGGUAUGGAUUGGGGUUUUCGCAUGUCUUUCUUAUUGCUAUGCAAUUAAUAAGAUAGUCUCCAGAGGCCCUGCAAGACUCCUUUGUGUACUCCCAGUCGUCUUCAUCUUCCUCUUCCUUCCUCUCAAUCUAAAUUCUGUUCAUCUUGGAGGCACCACUGCAUUUUUCAUUGCUUGGCUUGGCAAUUUCAAGCUCUUGCUCUUUGCUUUUGGUAAAGGCCCUUUGUGUUCUGACUCAUCAAUCUCUCUCGGACGAUUUGUAGCCGUUGCUUGCACUCCCAUCAAGAUCCACCAAAAAAAGCACCCAUCUCCACCAAUAUCACAUCUAAAUGGCAAAAACAAAGAAAACCCAAAGGGAAGCCAAAUAUUUUUCCCUCUAAGGCAUGUAGUAAUUGGUGUCCUUUUGGCCAUUUUGAUACGUGUCUAUGAUUAUAGUGAGGAUAUCCACCCAAAGGUUAUAUUGUUUCUAUAUUGCUUUCAUAUAUAUUUUCUCCUAGAAAUCAUUCUAGCCAUGGUGGCAGCCCUGGCUCGAGCCCUGCUAGGAGUGGAGCUUGAGCCGCAGUUCAACGAGCCAUACCUCACCACCUCACUCCAAGACUUCUGGGGCAGGAGGUGGAACCUCAUGGUCACCAGCAUCCUGCGCCCCACCGUAUACGAUCCCACUCGCCAUGCCAUGACACGCGUCGUUGGCCGCAAGUGGGUGUCAAUCGCUGCCAUUCUCGCCACCUUCAUCGUGUCGGGGCUCAUGCAUGAGCUCAUGUUCUACUACUUGGGGUGCAUGAAUUCCACUUGGGAGGUCACAUGGUUCUUCCUCCUCCAAGGUUCGUGUUUGGCUGUCGAGGUUGUAUUGAAGAAGGCGGUUUUCGCCGGCAGGUGGCAGUUGCCGCGGCUCGUCUCGGGGCCCUUGACCAUUGGAUUCGUGAUGGUGACCUGCUUUUGGCUGUUCUUUCCCCAGUUCCUCCGGUGUAAGGUUGAUGAGAGGGCGUUGGAAGAGUGUGCUGCGCUAGGCAAGUUUGUGAAGAAUGUCACCCGUACAUUGACAUACAAAUUCUCUACAUUUUUUGGGAUAACUCUAUCAAUAUGAUGACAAUGUUAAGGCACUAUCAUUUUUAAUCUUAUAUUUGAUGGUAGGAAAGUGUUAUUGCCACACAAUAAAAUUGUAUUCACAUAAUUACAUUCUUCUGGUCGUUUUGUGACUACAUCCAAUGGAAAAUGGGAGGAAAUUAAGCAUUUCAAAUAACUUCUAGCUAUUACUCUUAAAAUCUACAUUAAUUAAUUAUGAUAUAAUGAGUAUUCAUUCGAUCGGCUCCGAUCGAGAAUGUGCAAAAGAUAACUACUCCGCCACUUGAUGUUAAUUGUUGACUAAUUGUGCCAAACAAAAAAUUAGUUAACAUUCCUAAUUUGCCAGCGAGCAAGUAACAUUUUCUACACCAUGUUAGACAAUGAUAGCAUGAUCUACUAGGAUGGCAA